AUGAUCACCGACCUCGGCGAGAUCGUAUUCUUGCCCGUUGAACAGACCGAUGAAAUCCGUAACGAUCCGAGACUGAGCUUCGGGUCAGCCUUUGGUGAAGACUUUCACGGACAUUUACCCGGAUUUCAGGGCGCUGCGGUAGACAGUUACGAUGAUGCGGUUCUACAGACCUUGGUGCGAAAGCAGCUCACUAAGUGCAUCGCUCAGGUGAUUGAGCCAGUCUCAGCUGAAGCUGCGCAAGCUCUAUCAGACAAGCUUGGAGACUCUGAAGGCACGUCAACCCCUAUCGACGAUAAUUCCAAGCUGCCGACUCAUGUUUAA